AUGAGAUAAACUUAAAUCCUAGAUAAUAUAUAUUUAGAAUAAAUUUACCAAAUGAUGAAUUUUUCAAUUUUUAUGUACAGAAGAUUAACUCAUUUAUCAAAUUUCACUCACCUCUUUCAAAUAAAAAUGAAUUUUUUUUAAAUAAUUCAAUUAAAUACAUUAAAAUGUGUAAAAAGUAUUAUUUUUGCAAAUUAUGAAAAAUAUCAUUACAAAAAAAAUUAUUAUAAUUAUUCAAUUAUAUAUAUUGAGAAAAAUAAUACAAUUACAUUUAAUCAGAAAUCCCAAAGAUAGAAAACAAUUUUAAUAUUCUUAAAUUUAGUAACAAAUAAAAUUAUUAGAAAAAUACCACUUUCAUCUUAUUAAACCAUUAAAAAGUUUUAUCUUUUAAAAAAUUAGACAGUGAUUUGUUUAAAACAUCAAUCAGAUUAAGUGGAUUUGUAUCAAAUUUCAACAUGA